CUAGCACGACUGUUACUAACAGGACAGCUCCUCCUCGAACAACAACUACAGUACUGCUUCAUUCACGCCCGACUUUACCCUAUCCUUCGACACUCUACAUCCCUGGUUGUCGACCCUUUCAUCUUUGAACCCUUCCCAAGACAGUAUCCCCAAACCCCCGAAUCCCGAAUCCGACAACCGCGACCUCUGCCCAACAUGCCUAGCGCAACCGGGUCGAGCUGGGAGAAGUACAAGAAGAACUUCGCGGACGAUGAGGAGCCGGAGAAGAAGAUCACCCCGUUAUCAGAUGAGGAUAUCCAAGUUCUAAAGACCUACGGCGCCGCUCCAUAUGCGGCGGAGAUCAAGAAGUUGGAGAAGGACAUCAAAGAGAGGCAAACGAGCGUGAAUGAGAAGAUCGGUGUCAAGGAAUCCGACACGGGUCUUGCACCACCACAUCUAUGGGACAUCGCAGCGGACCGUCAGAGAAUGCAGGAAGAGCAGCCUCUUCAGGUAGCACGAUGCACGAAGAUCAUACAAGACGAGAAAGACCCCGAAAAGAGCAAAUACGUGAUCAACGUCAAGCAGAUAGCGAAGUUCGUGGUGAACCUCGGGGAGCGGGUGAGCCCGACAGAUAUCGAAGAAGGCAUGCGCGUAGGCGUUGAUCGGAACAAGUACCAGAUUCUGCUACCGUUGCCACCGAAGAUCGACCCCAGCGUGACGAUGAUGACGGUCGAGGACAAGCCCGACGUGACAUAUGGUGAUGUCGGAGGAUGUAAAGAGCAGAUUGAGAAGCUACGAGAAGUUGUCGAGAUGCCCUUGCUUUCGCCGGAGCGAUUCGUCAAUCUGGGCAUCGACCCCCCGAAAGGCGCUCUUCUCUAUGGACCCCCCGGAACCGGCAAAACGCUUUGUGCACGAGCUGUCGCCAAUCGGACCGAUGCAACCUUCAUCCGAGUCAUCGGUAGCGAACUGGUGCAGAAAUACGUUGGAGAGGGUGCCAGAAUGGUCCGAGAGCUGUUCGAGAUGGCCCGUACAAAGAAGGCCUGCAUCAUCUUCUUCGACGAGAUCGAUGCCGUUGGUGGAGCGCGUUUCGACGACGGAGCCGGUGGCGACAACGAAGUGCAGCGGACGAUGUUGGAGCUGAUCACGCAACUCGACGGCUUCGACUCAAGAGGCAAUAUUAAGGUCAUGUUCGCAACCAAUCGCCCAUCCACUUUGGAUCCGGCACUAAUGCGUCCCGGCCGCAUCGACCGCAAGAUCGAAUUCUCCCUCCCGGACAACGAAGGCCGCGCGAACAUCCUCCGUAUCCACGCGAAGAGCAUGUCCGUCGAGCGCGACAUCCGAUGGGAGCUCAUCUCUCGCCUGUGCCCCAACUCCACAGGCGCGGAGCUGCGGAGCGUGGCAACCGAAGCGGGGAUGUUCGCGAUCCGCGCGAGGAGAAAGGUGGCGACGGAGAAGGAUUUCCUGGCCGCGGUGGAUAAAGUGAUCAAGGGCAAUUUGAAGUUCAACUCGACGGCGACGUAUAUGCAAUACAAUUAGUGGUGGGACAUACCAGCACAUCGGUGUGCCCCGGGGUCCUUUCAUUUUGUUACACGUAUUUCAUGGCGAGUUUCGCGAGGCGUUGGUCAGACUCAAUGGUGCACAUGCAUACCGUCACAUGGCGAAUCGAGUCUGCAUGUCGAUCUUGUAUUAUAGAUUCAAUGGAUACUUGACUUCGCCCUCCUAUUACGCUUGGGGAUCACAUUAAAGGGACUCUUUCUUUAGCAGUUACAUCAGAACGAUACACGCCUCCCUACGAGUAUAGGUCACCACGACAUCCAAGGCAGG